AUUACGUGUUUGAUUUUUAAUUGUCAGCGCUCCUGGAGAAAGGGAGGAUGUAAAGGCAUUUAACAGGCUUAUAAAAAUGGCUUUGAAUGAUGACCAAAAUAUCAACCAUCAAAUGGGAUCCUGGUUCCAAGUGACAGACAAUUCCAUGUGGAGAUUACACCAUGUGACAUCAGCCCUGGAUACUUUGCCAGGAGUCAGCUCCUAGUAACAGGGAAGAACAGCGGGACAGACAGGUUACUUGGAACGGAGCUUGGUUACCAAUCAAGAUGUUAUUUAAACGACUCCUCUGGCUGAUGGUAUUAAUUGGAUUUAGCUACUGUGAUGAAACAAGUGAACAACCGGAUGUUGCUGACGUUGAACCUGAACUUGAAGCUGAAGCUGACGCUGACCCUGACCCUGACCCUGACCCUGAGGCUGAGACUGAGGCUGAGGCUGAGGCUGACCCCGAACCUGAACUCGAACCCGAACCUGAACCCACCGUCGACAUUAGUCCACCGGAAACUCCAGCAACACCUCUGCAAGAAGCUCCUCGAGUUAUUGAAGGUUGCCGGAACUGGAUGGCAGGAAUACCUGGCAGUCCUGGCCACAAUGGCAUCCCUGGUAGAGAUGGUAGAGAUGGCCGUGAUGGUGCAAAGGGAGAAAAUGGGGCAACAGGAGAAUCAGGACCAAAGGGCGAUGCGGGAGAGCCUGGCACGCCGGGAUUAGAUGGUAAAGAAGGAUUUGCUGGGCUUCCAGGAGAUAAAGGAGUAAAGGGAGACAGUGGCUAUUCUUACCGUUCUGCAUUCAGCGUGGGACUCACCACAAGAAAUCCUGUCCCAAACAUGCCUAUUAAGUUCUCCAAAAUCUUCUACAAUGAUCAAAAUCACUACAGUGACGACACAGGCAAAUUCAGUUGUCCAUUCUCAGGGGUAUACUUCUUCUCAUAUCACAUUACUGUCUAUACUAAAGAUGUCAAAGUUGGCCUGUAUAAAAACAACAGGGUUAUCAUUUUUACUUACGAUCAGUUCCAGAGUAAUGAUGUAGACCAAGCUGGAGGUUCUGUUGCUAUACAUUUGGAUGAAGGGGAUGAAGUGUGGUUACAGGUUUAUGGAGACAAUACAUUUAAUGGGAUUUAUGCUGACAACAAUAAUGACUCCAUCUUCACAGGAUUCCUUCUGUACCCCGAUCUGCAUUAA